AUGGAAAAAGUAUCGAUGGAAUAUUUAUCGCAACUUUUGAAUGAUAAAAACGUUAAAAUACAUGAAAAUAUAUACAGAAAAACCUUGGUAACAUACGGAAUACCUGAUCAACUGCGAGUUGAUUGCGGUAGAGAAUUUUAUUUAAUCUUUGGAAUGCAAGAGCAUUUAGCAAUGCUUCGUGGAAAUCAAGCAAUAGAAUGUUAUCGACAAACAGAAUCCAAGCAGAACCUCCCUAUUGAAAGAUUUUGGGUGGAGGUAAACUGUCGUGUAAAUUAUCCUUUAAAAACAGUUCUUGUAUUUAUGGAAAAUGAAGAGAUCAUAGAUAUGUCAAACGACUGCGUAAAAUUUUGUGUAUUAUUUGUUUCUUGCUUGGUAGCGAGUUAUGGUCUUCAGAUUGUUAUUUCUUCGUGGAAUAAUCACCCUAUUCCAGGCAGAGGCGUGCCGUCAGUAAUUAAAACCAGAAGUAAUGGGAUCGUAUCAUUGAUGGCAGAAGUUGUACCAAAUGGAGUAGGAGCUAAAUUACUUUACAUGCAGUGGUACCCUGAAUCGAGGAUUGCCAGUGAUAGCGUGUUUGGAGUCGAUCCACUUUUCAAUUCAUCAAGCCUUUCAUCAGAAAGAAUGCGAGAGUUUGAAAGCCGCUAUAGUAUUUCUGACCUUUUGGGAUCUCUAGCGAAUGAAACAAUUGACAAUUUCCGAGAAGCUCUUCUGUAUUUUAUUAACUUAACACGUACAUUACAACUAAGGAUUACAUUAUAACUGUGAAAAA